CGAUUAGACAGACCCACUACCUCCAACCCACCCUCUUCCUCAUGCCCAUGGACGUUUCGUCUGAAACCUGAAGAAGACGAGCGCCAACUCAAAGUUGCCCCCCCUUUUUUUCUGCUCUGAGACAGUGUAAAACCACCACCUACCAAGUCUUGAACGGCCCGCCCUGCCCUGCCCUGUUCUGUUCCAGUUCAAUCCUGUUGGCAACGACCGCACACUCGGCAUUUUACUGCCGGCUUUCCGUCGACAACUUCCGUCUGCGCACGCUUUUGCGCUUUUGCUCAGACCCGGCACCAUGCAUAACAAGGCUGGCUUUGAGUGCACGCAGUGCAGCUCCAUCUUCCGGACUCACUCGCAGCUCCGCCGCCAUGAGCGCAUCCAUUGGCCUGCCGAUGCCCAUCCCUUCCGCUGCGUCCUCGACCAAUGCACCAAAUCUUGCUAUCGCGCCGACCACAUGCGUCAGCACCUCCGUCGCUUUCACAAAGUCACGACCGACCGCCUGCCCCAAGUCCUGGAGAGCUGCAAGCACGAAAACCGCAUCGCUUCCCCCUCCUCCAUCACCUCCAGCCCCCGUCACAGCCCCGUCAUCAAUCGCCACCAGCCGCGUGCCACAACCGUCCAGCUCCAGCUCCAGGCUCCAGUAACGACCACCCCUGCCAUUGGCAACGUUGUCGGCCAACCCCCUGCUGUGGAGGCUACCCUCACGGCCCCAGCGCCCCUGGCGCCCCUGGACGACCUGGUGCGCGAGAUUGCGGCGCAGCUGCACACGGGAUCUGAAUCUCUCCUUGGCUCGGAUUUUGAAAGCGCCAGCUCCCUCGACGACAUUGACGUCCACACCCUGCUCACCGCCUCGGAGGAGACGCUCGGAGCCGGCUUUGCCAGCCUGGCCUCGUCUGCCACUCCUCCCGCCCUCCCUACCGGCAACGCCUGGUCGCACAUUGACGAUGUCUGGUCCGAAUCCUUUCUGUCCAGUGCCUUGGACAGCGCGGUGGCCGCCCCUUCAGCCUCCUUCACCGCCGGCACCCAGUCUAGUGACUUCAAGUCCAUGGCUCAGCUUCAGGCCCUUGACCAAGUUCUGGGCGCGCUCACCUCGUACACUGACAACACCGUGCUGGCGUGAUAUUUGCUUGCGCUUUGUCCUCAAGUCGCCAACCUCGGCGCCGUUGUCCCACCGUUAUUAUCAUCAUGUUUUUGAUUGCCGAUAGUCGUCCACUUUCUUGAUCGUCCCUUUUUUACAUUUAGUAGUUGCUUCUUCUUGCCAGGCCUGGCCUGGGUGUACUGCGUACACGACCACCAAGAGCAUGUUAAAUGUCAUGGCUCUUCCGUGUGACUCGGCUUGCCACGUUUUGUAUCCGUGGUAUGACGUCAAUUGAGUUCAGCGAGUC